AUGGCGACCAACGGCGACUUUCCGUCGGACGACGAAUUCUCUCAGCCCGGAACCCCGCCUGGGGAAGAGAACGAGGUGGACGAGGUGGAAGAGACCAACCAAAUUCCGAAAUCUGCGUUGAAAAAGAGCACCGCCCCCGCCAUCCCCGAAGCUCGACCCGUCCUCCCUGAACAGCCAGAACCUCGAGACCUAAACCUCGCCACCCUCACUCCUCUAACGCCCGAGAUCAUCGCCAGACAAGCCACGAUCAAUAUUGGAACAAUAGGCCAUGUCGCCCACGGCAAGUCGACGGUGGUCAAGGCCAUUUCCGGCGUACAGACGGUCAGAUUCAAGAACGAGCUGGAGCGAAACAUCACCAUCAAGCUGGGUUACGCCAAUGCCAAAAUCUACAAGUGCGACAACGAGGAAUGCCCGCGGCCGACCUGCUACAAGAGCUACAAGAGUGAAAAGGAGGUAGAUCCUCCUUGCGAGAGGCCAGGAUGUGGUGGAACGUACCGUCUGCUUCGACACGUGUCGUUCGUGGACUGCCCCGGUCACGACAUUCUGAUGAGUACCAUGUUGUCAGGAGCCGCGGUCAUGGACGCGGCUUUGCUGCUGAUCGCUGGUAACGAAACCUGCCCACAGCCGCAAACGUCGGAACAUUUGGCAGCCAUCGAAAUCAUGAAACUCAACCAUAUCAUCAUCCUCCAAAACAAAGUCGACCUGAUGCGGGAAGAAGGUGCCCUAUCACACUACCAGUCCAUCCUCAAAUUCAUCAAGGGCACAGUGGCCGACGGGUCUCCGAUCAUCCCGAUUUCCGCACAACUGAAAUACAACAUUGACGCCAUCAACGAGUACCUGGUUACCAAGAUCCCCGUCCCCGUGCGCAACUUCACCGCGCCGCCUCACAUGAUCGUGAUCCGAUCGUUCGACGUCAACAAGCCAGGUGCCGAGAUCGAGGACCUGAAGGGUGGUGUCGCAGGCGGUUCGAUAUUGACGGGUGUGCUGAAACUCGGCGACGAGGUCGAAAUCCGACCCGGGAUCAUCACCAAGGACGAAAAGGGUCAGACCAUCUGCCGACCCAUCCUGUCUCGAGUGGUCAGUUUGUUCGCCGAACACAACGACCUCAAGUUCGCCGUGCCAGGUGGUCUCAUUGGUGUGGGCACGCGUGUCGAUCCUACGCUGUGCAGAGCCGACCGUCUCGUGGGCCACGUGCUGGGUCUCAAGGGCCAGCUACCCGAGAUCUACAUUGAGCUGGAAGUUAACUACUUCCUCCUGCGACGACUGCUUGGGGUCAAGACGGCCGACGGCAAACAGGCCAAAGUGGCCAAGCUGGCCAAGAACGAGGUUCUCAUGGUCAACAUCGGCAGUACCGCCACCGGGGCCAAAGUCAUGGGCGUCAAGGCCGACGCGGCCAAACUCACUCUGACCACACCUGCAUGCACGGCUAUUGGGGAGAAGAUUGCCCUGAGCCGGAGAAUCGAAAAGCAUUGGCGUCUGAUCGGGUGGGCCAACAUUGUCGCUGGAAACACCAUCGAGCCGGAGGUUUCUUAG